AUGAGACUCAAAACAGGCAGGAGUGUCCUUCCAGCAUUACAUCCAGUUUACCAGUCAGCUCCUGCAGUCUGGUCCAUAGACCUCUCAGAGAGAAAGGCCUCCCUCCUCCUAGAAGUGCUGAAACUCCAACCAGGGAAGAAACCAGUAGAGCUGAAGUACUGGUCAGAUGAAGAGAGUGAAGUGAGGAGUUUCCUUCAGUGUCUGCCCUACAUCUCACAGCUGAGCUGUGAUUCUGACAGGUUCUUCCAGCGCGUGUGUGAAUCCAUCCCUGUGAGGUCCAGAGAGGAUGCCCAGCAKUUGGCCUCUCUCCUCCAGGCCUUGGGCUCCACCCUGUCACUGGGAGAUCAGUUACCCAGGAAAACAUGCAGGUCUGUGGUGAGAGUCCUAGGCCUCUGUGCCUCCAGAGUGGACCUCACUCUCACCCCCAGCAAGAUCUCUCUGAAAGGAGCCUCGCUUCUCUUCACACGUGUGUCACAGCUACACAAGCUCAGGCUGAAUGUGGGCAUGUCAGUGAGACUGGCCAGACUGGCUCGGAGGACAUGGAGAGGUGGUACUCCUCUGACUGUCCCAGAACUCUCCCUGGUCCUAAAGAGCAGCCAGCCACCAGAGAGAGUGUUAUCCAGAGCUCUGAGUAGUGUGGCGUCCCUGCUGAGAUUCUGGAGGGUUCAGUGUCUGGACCUGACUGACUUCUGCAUCCAGGGUCACUCUCUCAUCACACUGCUGUGUCACCAGGGCCCUCUCACUCUCAGACUGCACUCAGACACUCUGCAGCAGCUGGCUGUAGUUGUGUAUGAAGCUCAGGACAAGGACUUGACUCAGUGGUUCCUGGUGAAGGUUGGUGGAGAUCUGACCUCCUGCAGGCUGGACUGGGAAGUGCUUCUCUCUCUGCUGCAGCAUUCAACCCACAACAUCACAGUGGACCUCAGGAAGAACAGGCUUCUAGAGAAGAACAUCUCAGAUCUUCUCCCCUUUCUGGGAAGGGUUAUAUUCAAGAGGCUCAGUUCCAGCUUUGUGAAGUCUACCAUCAGACAGAUCUAUGACAGUAGAGCCAGUGACUGUGUGUCCAGUUUGUUGAGGUCUUCAGACCAUUGGAUCAACCUGAACAGCAGAGAGCUGGACAGAGUGGACUGUACUUCUCUGUGUUUCACCCUGCAGCACAGCCACCAAGUCAAAGUCAACCUGCUGUGGACCUCCAUACCACCGGGGGAGAUAGAGAGCAUCCUGCCUCUUCUGGACAGAGUCUCCCAACUCAGUGUUGACAGGAAGCUGUUGCUGAGUUUCCUCCACUCCUGCGCUGCCUCUCAGAUCCUGCAGGGGGCACUAUCACCAACAACAACAACAACAGCAGCGGAGCUGCUCAGGGCUCUGCAGUACAGGUUGGACUUUUCCUGCUCCUCCUCUGUGGACCUGUCAGCUCACGACCAGGGGGRGGCGCUGUGUCUGACCACUGACCACUGUAGGGCCAUAAACUCUGUUCUGAAGCAGAGCCARCACAGCACACGGCUGGUWCAGAACCCGACYCAGAACCAGUCCCGAAACCAGCCCCACGUGCAGCUCAUCCUUAAAGACUGUGAGGUGGAGCACGGAGCACUGAGAGAGCUGCUUCCCAUCCUGCAUAUUGUCAAGCUGAGUCUCAGCAAAGCUCUGCUACUUCAGCUGCUGGACCAUGUGUGUGAGGGGAUUGAAGAGGGGGUUCUGAGGCACGCAGAGUUCCUGUGCAGAGCCCUGGAUGGGGAGCUGGACCUCAGUGAGACCAGGCUGAACCAAAAGGCCUGUGGAUCUCUGGCCCUGGUUCUGGAACACUCAGAGGGGCUGUCAGAACUGGACCUCAACCACUGCCAACUCGCAGACCGCCAUCUACAGCCCCUGCUCACACACCUGCACAAAGUUGAAGUCCUGGACCUGAGUCACAAUUACAUCACUGAUGCUCUGACCGACAGAAUACUCCAACUGGUCUCCACCAACACUUCAAUACGCACCGUACGGCUCUUCAACAACAGAAUCAACGACAGAAGUCCGUUCCUGACAGACAAGAGGUUUGAGAUCUGGUGAAGCAGCAUCAGGUCCAAGUCCAGACAGGAAGAGAAGAUAGAUGUUGAAGAUGGGUGUAGUAGCUACGAAGCCUCGGCAGGGUGAGACUAGAGGGACUCUUCUGACCAGCAUCUCAUCAACCCUAACCUUGACCCUAACCGUAACCUCAUUUUAACUAAUUCUUAAAUUAAAUAUUGGUUUGCAUGUCAGCCACAUCCCCUUAGUUUUUAGCUGACCUCGUCAUGAUGUCAGAAGAAUGACCAGUGAUGUCAUCAGGGAUUUUGGGACUAAGGUGUUAGUAGUUGAGACUCCAGACCUCUUGAAUGUUCUGAGUGUGAAGGAUAGGUGAAGGAUAGGAAUGUGUAGUUUUAUUUACCUCUUACAUGGUUCUUAAACACAGGAACAUGUGUAGUAUAACGGUUUUUGAGCUUUACUUAACUAGAUGAUUUUUGUGAUCUGACAAUUUGUGAAAUUCCUUCAGAGGGAAUACAUUGUAUAUGUGUUUUUAUAGUCUAGUAUUUAUCAGGUUGAUGUGAAUGUGUUCUACAAUUGCAGUGGGAGACUAAUACAUGAGUGUUUUGUUGCAGGUCAACUGCAGGGUAUUGUGUUACUCAGGCUAGCCUUGUUGAGAACCAAGCUUCCCUAUUCAGGAAGCAAGAGGUGUGUUGAGUUCGCUUGAACGUUUGCUAUGUUGUGCAACGUUUUGUACUGAAUGACACGUUUCCCCAAAAUGUUCUUGAACAGACUUCGAGGUACGUUUGGUGGGUGUGGCGAGGUGUGGCUUGAAGCAAUGAGUGACAUAUUUUUAUUUUUAAAGGGCAAUGGCCAUGCUGACAGCGUUCUCCAACCCACAACCUAACCCCUCCCCAUUUUUCAACUUGUUGUUCAGUACAGCACCGUUUACCUUCAAUUGAACCGUUUCAGAACGUAAAAACAUACUGAACGCAGCCCUGGUGAAGUCCAUGGCAGAAGGUAGCUACAAGUGGGUGGAAACCAUUGAUGCCUCGCAACACGUCAAACCAAUCAAUUGCCUUGCUUUGGCGGAGCACUAAAGGUGCCCACUAGUGCCGUAGGAGGAACAGUGUGAGGAUGCCCAGGAAAUCGCUGAUGUAUAACAUAGCCUGUAUGUACACACACCAUAACAAAAUGUAUUUAGUAGAGCAGUUGUAAUGCCUUCAUCGACUUGAGAAGAACAUUACACGCAGCUUCCCUUUUAGGGGCAUGUGGGGGAGGUUUCUUGAAAUAUAACAUCCAAUCAAAAUGUAGCCACUGGAACCCAGCAGACCAUUCUAACUGUUUUGGCUAAUACAAAAUUCUCCAGACCUCCAAAGGAGGCAUGACAACAAUGUGAUUUUGGAGGUAUGGCUACAUGAGACUAGUACAAGCCUUUCUCAUAUCAAAACAGACAAACUAUAAGAAAUAAUAUAUGAAUAUUUUGUGUUUUUAAUAAAUGUACCUUGAGGCCCAURAUUGGUUUUUGACUGUGUUCUCUUCAGGUUGAAAUCAUUACUAAUAAAUCCUAAAUAAUCUG